AUGGCAGCUUGUGUCAACAACAUUGGUGUUGAUGGUUCUAACCACUUGGAGGUGGAUUCUAAUAGUAGUACACAUGUUGAGGAAGAGUCUGAUGAACCUGAUGAACCUGAAAUACUGGAGUGUAAGAAAGCUCCAUUUAACUUAGACAAAAAGCAAACAAUCUUAGAUUUUGAGUGUAGGACAAUGGUUAAUACUGAUGGAACUCUUGAAACUGAAUGGAGUUUGAAGAGGGUUUUGACAGUAACCGUCGAUAAUUCUAGUUCGAAUGAUUUGGCUAUUAAGUACUUAGAAAAGAUUUUUAAUCUUAGGGAUGGAGCUGCUAUGACAUAUGUGAGGUCUUCUCCUUCUAGGAUUCAAAAGUUUAAGGCUUUUGCUGAAGAGGAGAAUAUAACCUCUAAAGCUCUUGUGUGCUUAGAUGUUGACACAAGGUGGAACUCCACCUACUUAAUACUUAGGAGUGCUUUGGUGUUUAAGAAAACAUUUAAAAAUAUGAAAACUAAGUCCACUCCUUAUGUAAGAGAGAUUUUGAGGAAACCUUUGGGGGUAGGGGCUCAAGCUGAUUUGGAUUUCGACAUUAUUGAAGGCUUCUUGCCUUUUCUUGCGAUUUUUCAUGAGGAUACAUUGAAGUUGUCUGGUUCCCGUUAUGUGACGGGUAAUAUGUUUGUGGAAGGUAUUUAUGAAAUUGGAUUUACAAUAUCUGAUUAUCUUAGUGACCCAAAUGAAAAGAUUAGGAGAAUGGCCGAAAAAAUAAAGCUAAAAUUUGAUAAGUAUUGGUCAAAUGUUGGCAAGAUUAAAGUUUUGAUGUUCAUUGCCUUGAUUCUUGAUCCGAGGAAUAAGCUCUUAUUUGCGGGUAUGCAGGAAUUGGUUUCGGAGCAACCAACUAUUCUAAUUGACGAAACGAUUGAAGAACCUUCCAAUAUCACAGAUUUCACAAUGAACGAAAUACUUGAAUGA